CGAAUAACUUCAUGGCUGACCGCCUCGGCCACAUCGACACCUACUUCACUCCAAGCUCAACGUCUUACCAUCUCUCGAACACGCCUUCGCUUUGCAGAUGGAAAGCAUACGAGAUGUGUGCAGCCACAUGUCCCCAUGACUUUACAUAAUCUCGACAGUCAUAUAUCUUGGUUGUUACAAAGCAAGCCCACGGUUGUUUCUUGCGGCGCCCUGGUCCAUCGCUCCAUAGCAACAGCAGCCACAUUACAGAAAAGGAGCCCUGAUGUCUCUGUUGAGGAUACCAAUACCACGCAUUUAGAAAGACAACGACUACGUUUCGAUCCCCAGCUGGAAGCGGAUAACUCAACAAGGCUAGGGUACACCAACCCAUCGUCAGACAUCAACCAAGCGGGCCCUCCUAGGGAAACUGUGCGGAAGGCAGAAGAAAGUAAUAUGGCAAGGCUGGCCUCUGCAUCGCGUUCGUCCCGGCCAAAACUUCUGCACAAUCAGCAAACUCCCGUGGGGGCUCCAGGUACCACAACACCUUCCUCAAUUGCAGCCGCAUACGCCGCCUCAUUCCAUAAAGACGGUACAUCGGCAGGUACACCUUCGAGGCAGCCAACGUCGGCCUUUCCAAAAAUUUCCCACGCGCCACAAACCCCGCGGCAGACGCCAGGACAACUACCCAGGCAGCAACCACAAUUUUCGUCUGCGAGCUAUGCCAAUAUCGAGCCCGUGGAUCUUACUGGCGAUGAAGAGGUUGUUAGGAGCUCGUCGCUGGAAGAAUUUGGCGAGCCUCAGUCGCUAUGGCGUGAAGACUAUGCUGCCAAGGCCUCGCCCAGGCGAGGAACGAAGAGAAAAAGUGAUGAAAUGACCAGGGAAAGACCGAGGAAGGAGUUGAUGACGACAAGCUCCCAGAAAGAAAAUCGCCGACCAGCGCGCCUUUCGGAAGAAUUUAUUGACAUCGACACACUCCUCGAGCCUGAUGAGCCGCCGCCACCAUACUCCACGGUCGAUUCGAAGACCCGAAACCAAAAAAGAACUAACCAACCGAUCAAACCAAGUGUGGAGGCGGCAAACUCGGGGCCUGAAUUCGAAGAGCAGUAUCAUGUUGUUGAAACGGUGAGUCGGACAGAAACCCGCACACGCAGGGCACUGAGCCGAGUGGCAUCGCACGACACUCCUGGCAAUGCUAGUGAAAACAAGCGUUCAUUGUGUGCGAUGGCGAGCCCGACGUUUCAAAAUGUGACCAACGCCGGAAUUGUUGGUGGUUUGAAGAAAGAAAAUUCUCCGUUUAAACAGUUGACGGACCGAUCUAUUUCUCCCUCUGUAAAAACAGCUCGGAAUAAUCAGAUUCUUCCGAAAGAUCGUAUCAUAGAAGACUCCGAGGACGACGACCUCAUUUCCCAAGCCGAAUGGGCGGAUGCACAUAUUCCCGAACCCAUGAAGGUUGACAGUCCCGUUCGGAGGACCGUUUUCAAAUCGCCAUCAAAGGAACGGAGCGCAGAACACAAGUCGCUCGGCCAUUUAGAAAACGAGCCGCCGUUGUUUGGUACAGAUGCGUCCCGGAACGGGCCAGUUAAGUCGGCUGCUGUCGGCAAUGUCAAGCAAGAGAGUUUUCCGUCUCCCUUCCAGCGAGAUUCGCCAACCAGGUUGGCCACUUCUCAAACAAUUCCCAAGCAAAGCGCCGCCUCGAGCCAGCAAAUUCCGUCAUCAUCAUCGCCAGAAGAAGAUAAAAGGCUUUUCGGCAUCUUCCUGGACAAGCCGUCUCAUAUACAGCAACUUUUGUCCCUACUGAAUGAGAAGCUCCAGGAAAACCGUAGGGUUAUGUGCGAAUACUUUGACGCCGGCGAAAUAGCGCCUGGGCAUAUGAAACUUGAGCGAGAGAAGCUGGCAAAACAAAGAAACGCGGCCACGGACCUGCUUCCACUGUAUGAAGAGCACGCCAAGUUAAGCAACCAGAAGGAAAAAACCAAGGCCGAUUAUUUCGCGUAUUUAGAGACCUCCCGCGAUGUUGGGGGAUUUGAAAACGAGAUUCCACUCAUCACACACAAUAUCAACAAAAUUGAGACUCGAAUAGCAUCGCUAAUUCGAGCAUGUGGAGUUACAGCAAAUGACCUCUCGGCAAUUGGAGGGUUGACGAAUGGCAGCAAGCAGGCACAACUUCAACGGCACACAGAUAAGGGCAAAGAAUCAACAGAAUUGCUCGGAUCCAGGACACCGUCUAGCAUAUAUUGCGAUUCUCAAAUAGUCCACCAGACCCAGAUGCCUUCCAAUGGGACACAGCCGACAACAAACCAAAAACCAACCGCCGUCAAAGAGUACCAUCCUGUAAACGGUGGCUCUUCAUCCACAUUCCAAGCCAAUAUGAGUACAGAAUUUCGGCGCAACGCCCAGAAUUCCCACCAAUCCGAUAGGAUGGACUAUCAACCGUCGAUGAUGCAAAGUGCUCCCGGUCGUUUCGAUUGCCCAGAAGAUUAUGAAGAUGAAGAUGAAAUGCUCGGCAACUUUGAUCCCAUUACUCGGAAUAUGGAUGAAGAAGAUUAUGGCGCCUCUGAUGAUGACGAUGACAUGAUUGAGUUUGCAGAGUCUUGGGAUCGAGGUGAGGCUAGUUCGGGUCGUGUUGCGGCUGACACUCACGAACUUUCCAUGCCUCCGCCCUCAACGCCUUCAGCUUCUAGAAGGCCAAAGUUAGACAGCAGCAAAGAUAUGUCUCUGCCUGUUGAUGCCGGGUCAGCUGCCCUUAUGAGACAUAAAUGGUCAGGCGAAGUCAAACAAAAGUUAACGGCGCGAUUCCACCUCAGGGGCUUCAGACAAAAUCAACUUGAAGCUAUAAAUGCUACGUUGGGAGGUAAGGAUACGUUUGUUCUGAUGCCAACUGGAGGCGGCAAAUCAUUGUGCUAUCAACUUCCAGCAAUUAUCCGCUCAGGCACAACACAAGGUGUCACUAUUGUCAUCUCUCCUCUUCUGAGUCUGAUGCAGGAUCAAGUGGAUCAUCUCCAGAAACUUGGCAUCCAGGCUUUUGUGAUCAAUAGCGAAGUGACACAAAGCUACAAAAAUAUGGUAAUGUCGGGACUCGAAGAACGCAUCCCGGAGGACUUUGUUGAACUUCUCUAUGUCACACCUGAAAUGGUAACUAAAAGCGAAGCGAUACUGAGCAAGUUUGCGUCUCUCCACCGUAGGCACAAACUUGCUCGCAUUGUAAUCGACGAAGCUCAUUGUGUGAGCCAGUGGGGACACGACUUCCGACCAGAUUAUAAAGAGCUCGGGGAGGUUCGAGCUAGAUUUCCAGGCGUCCCGAUCAUGGCCCUCACAGCAACAGCGACAGAAAACGUCAAAGUCGAUGUUAUUCAUAAUCUUUCGAUGGAAGGUUGUGAACAGUAUUCACAGAGCUUCAACCGUCCCAAUUUGACGUAUGAGGUGAGGCCCAAGCCUAAACACGAAGAGUUGAUGGAAAGUAUAGUGGAUAUCAUCACAAAGAAAUAUAAAGGGCAAACGGGUAUCAUUUAUGCUCUUUCUCGCAAAAAUUGCGAGAAGGUUGCCGAUGAACUUUCCUCACGUUAUAAGAUCAAAGCAUGUCACUACCAUGCUGCUUUGAAACCAAUAGAGAAGAAGCGAGUGCAGCAGGAUUGGCAGGCAGGAAAGUGGCAGGUCAUAGUUGCUACUAUUGCGUUUGGUAUGGGAAUCGACAAAGCCAACGUUCGGUUUGUAAUACACCAUACAAUCCCGAAAAGCCUGGAGGGUUAUUAUCAGGAAACUGGCCGCGCUGGUAGGGACGGAAAACUCUCCGGGUGUUAUCUAUUUUACGGCUACCAGGACACAACCGUCCUUCGGAAAUUCAUUGAAGAUGGCGACGGAAGUCCCGAGCAAAAGGAGAGGCAGCGAUCAAUGCUGAAUCGAAUGUCCCAAUUUUGUGAGAACAGAGUGGAUUGCCGCAGAGUAGAAGUUCUUGCCUACUUUGGCGAACGAUUUCAGAAGGAGGAUUGCAAUGGCACUUGCGAUAACUGCAACUCCACCAGUGUUUACGAGGCUGUUGAUCGCUCAAAGGAGACUCGAAUUGCUUUGAGUAUUGUCCGACAGCUUCAUACUGAAAACCUUACUCUGGUCAAUUACGCCGACAUCAUGCGUGGCAACCGUGCGAACAAGUCUGCUAAAAUCGUCUCUUUGAAUCUUGACAAAAUGAGCCUCUUUGGUCAAGUGAAGCAUCUACACAAAAACGAAGUUGAGUCCCUGCUAUAUCGUCUUGUCAGCGAGAAUGCCCUCAAAGAAGUGAACCAAAUCAACAGAGCCGGGUUUGCCACUGCAUACUUGAAACUCGGGAAAUCAUUCCAAGAUUUCUUCACUGGCCGCAGGAAGAUUAAAGUGUCUGUUAGGGUUUCAUCUCCAGGUGCAGCUAAGGCAAUCCGCCCCAAUAAAGCCUCCCAAGCUAGAAGCGAAUUCACUGGCGUUGCAGCUGCGCGAGGCGGACAGCACCAUCCUCAGUCAACGAACGUAUCUUCUCCUGUCUCUAUGGCCGCUAACAGACGCAAGGGCAAGAAUCCUUAUAUUGAUGAUGAGGCUGAAGAGGACGAGGAAGAGGAGGAAGAAUCUGACAACUAUGGAUUUGAGGAUGGAUUUAUUGUUCCCGAUGACCACGUAUCUACCGAUGAUGAGGAGGACGAUGACUUCGAGCCUGUUCGUCAAGGCAAGAAGCCUGCGCUAUUCCAAAGAUCCAAACGAGAUGUCGGACCCCGCAUCACGAAUGAUGUUAUGAUGACCGAAGCAAACCUCUCGGAUCUUCAUAAGCAUGUCAUCAACAACUUUAUCAUCGAGGCGAAGAAGCUAGACGAAGAAAUCCGCAACAGUAGAGGGAUCAGAAAGCCAAUCUUCACCGAAACCCAGCUACGAGUGAUGUGCAUCAACUGGAUGUUGGAGCUGAAAGACAUCAAACGUAUAGAAGGCGUCAACCAAGAGCAAGUAGAAAAAUUUGGAUCCAGAUUCGUGGCGCUAAUCCGACGCUUCCACACCGAAUACGACGCAAUGAUGCGACAUAAUGAGGACCGAGAUAUAGACCAAAACCACAGAAAUGUCAUUGACCUCGUCAGCGACAAUGACGACGACGAGUUUAACGACAACGAUGACGACGAAGAGGCCGACGAAGAGGAGAUCUCACAGGGCGAGACGAGCCAGUGGUUCCAGAACCACCAGAUUAACUCAGCAACUCAAGCUUUCAACCAGCGCCUUGCAGCGACCAUGCCUCCACCAGAAGAGGACGAGGAGGUCUCGGAUGGUGAACCAAUCAGGCCCGCUAUGACCCAGGCACCGACGAGGGGAAGGGGAGGUAAGGCCCGCGGAGGGUCGCGGAAACCCUACGCACGUAGGGCAUCAGGUGGAAGCACUGGAGGUGCAGCCAAAGCGCCGAGGGCGAGGGCAGGAGGCUCAAGGAAGAGGAGUAGUGGUGCUGGAAAUGGCGCUGCGGGGCCGAGUAAGAGAGCUGCGCCGAAAGCGCCCAGUAGAGGACUGCCUGUCGAGAGACGUGGGGGUGGUACUGCUACUGUAAUGAGUAAUUUUGUGCAGAGGGACGGUGGUGGAGGAUCUUGGCAAAGGGCUGGUCAGGGAAGCGGCGGGCUGCCUGGGAUUGGGAUGAUGCCUACUAGAUAAUGUUGGCGUUUAGCGUUGUAGGUUUGUUGCUCUAUAGCUUGUGUUGGAAAAACAAUAUAGAAUCUUACAAGUUUG